GAAAACACAAUGAUGCAAAUGUGAAGUUCUAAUGAAACGCACAGAAUUUAUAUUGUAGUAGCCUCGGAAAUAUCGAAAAAUAUAUGAAAAUAUACAGCUUAAUUUUAUAUUUAAAAUGAGACAAAGGCAUUUCUAAUAGUUUAUGUCUGUGUCAAUAGGUGUGAUCUGACUCUGUACACAAUUAAAGGUCAAAGUCCAGCACAUUUUGUCUGUUUCUCCAGCACAUCCCUGCAGAGACACACAACCUCAUUUGUUUGCUUUUCUACUGCAAUAUUCAAAUUCAUUUCUCUGUAUAAGACAAUAACUAAGGUACAGUGGAGGAAGCAUACUUUGGAAAUGAAAUGCUUCACAAACUAUGUUCUCAUGACCCAAACAAACAACUGGGAUAAAGAUUUUGACAGUGAUGCUGUCACCAUUAUCAAUGCUUAGAAACUUCUAGCAGCAGAUGAUGAAUAAUUAGUUGGAUAUUUGGAUCUCAAAGAUGACUUUAGGUAAUGUGAAGUAAGGAUAUAUUUUAUAGUACAUGAAAUGCAGUUCAAAAAUAUAAACAUUAUUCAGAGAAUAAAGCAUAUAAAAACAAUAAUAGGGAACAGCAAUGACAAAAAUGCAUAUAGAAAAUAAAGAUACAGUAGCACUUUAUUUUACAGUCCUGCUUCACAUGUACAUACUAUGUAGUUAACUAUAACUAGUAAUAACUAUAGGUUCCCUCACCUUAACCCAUGUAAUUACCUUGUAAUACAGUACUUUUAGGUAAGUACACAUACUGUAAAAUAAAGUGCAAACAUGUUCUCAUUCUAUAGCACCUUUAAAAUGCAACUCAAAAUGUAAAAAAAAAAAAAAAAAAUGGGGGAGGAGGGAAGCAUAAAAACAAUAAUAAGCAACAAAAAAAUCACAAAAAAGCAUAUUAAAAAAAUACACAACAUCAAUUCACACCUUUCACACAAAAAAGCAGUUCAAAGUUAAAAAUAUAAACAUUAUUUAGAGGACAAAAGAAUAAAACAAUAAUAAGCAACCAGAAUGACAAAAAGCACAUAAAAAUGUUAAUUUGCACCUUUCAUACCUAAAAUGAGCUCAAAAUAUAAACAAUAGGAGGAAAAAGCAACAAUAAGCAACAAGAAAGACAAGACAGCACAUUAAAAUGAACAAACAUAUGAAAAACUAAAUGUUAUUUCUGUACCACCUUUCACACUUAAAAUAAGCUCAAAGGUCAAAAUAUAAACAAUAUUUAGGGAAAAAGAAUAAAUAAUAAGCAAUGAGAAUACCAUAAAAAGCAUAUCUACGUAAAAUAUGUGUUUGCUUCAUAAAAUGAGAAAGCUCAGAUCGUGUGUAAAAGCUGCCAGGUUGUUGAUGCAUAUGUCAUGGAGAGAAGCUGAACAUGAUUUCUUCAGGAUUUCCAGAAAAAAACUGCAUCAGAAGACCUUAAUGUCUCAUCUUCGGUGCAUAUCUCUCCAUCUUUUAUAGCCUCGUUUCGCAAAUGAGAACUCUAGUAAUUUACAGAACAUGAAUCAAACCCAUCAUUUCUUCCCUCCACCUUUAGUAUUCAGAUGCUUAUCAUGUUAUUUAGCAAUGACAUUUCAGGGUCCACCCAGUUUCUUAUCUUCACAUUCCACUCAUUUGAACUUCACACUGACUGGACACUUACAAACCAGGGUUAAUCUACGGAGGUGUUACUGAUAAGGUAAUGAGUAAUGAGAGGAUAUGGCCACUCCCUGGACCGCUUGCCAUCUGGGAGAGGUUAAUAUGUGAAGACUAACUGUGAGUUGAUACGGACAACGGCUGAGAAAGCAGCCGAAAAGCCAAGAGAUUUUGGGAGUAUGAGAGAGAGGAGUCAAUGAGAAGACAACAUUUUGAAGGCUGAGGGCAUCAAAAUCAAGGCGGAACUUCAAUUUAAGUGACAUUAAAGGAGCAACAGCACCAUCAUCAUGGUAACCCUGAACACUCAAUCUCUCACCGUGCCGGUGGGAAUAAUCCGCCUCUUUGAGUUCACACUAACGCUCAUUACCUUCAGCCUGGUGGCUUCUGAAGGCCACGACAGCUCUUCAUUCUGGGCCUGGUGCAUGUUCACCUGGUGCUUCUGCUGUUUCAUGACCCUCCUCAUCAUCAUCCUGGAGUUCACCAGCCUCAAUGCCAAGGUGCCCAUCUCUUGGGAUGACUUCACAACGGCUUUUGCGAUGUUGUCCACGCUUAUGCUGUUGGCCGCUUCGGUCAUCUACCCCACGUUCUACGUAGGCUCCUCACAUUCGGUCAGGAUCGCAGCCACAGUGAUGUCCUGUGUGUGCUUUGGCCUGUAUGCAGCCGAGGUGGGACUGACCCGAGCCAAACCCGGGGAGAUCAGCGGGUUCCUGUCCACCGUGCCGGGCUUGCUGAAGGUCCUGGAGGCGUUCGUGGCCUGCAUCAUCUUUAUCUCUCUGAAUUCGUUCGUUUACAGCAGGUCCCCUGGGCUCCAGUGGUGUGUGGCCGUCUACUCAAGCUGCUUCAUCGUUGCUCUCCUCAUCAUCAUCCUCACCAUCGGCGGGUUGUUGGCUCGAAUCCCCGUCCCGCUGGACAAAUGUCUGACAGGGUACAACAUACUAGCGGUUUUGAUGUACCUCACGGCUGUGGUGAUAUGGCCUAUCUACAGUUUCCAGAACAAUCCAAGACCACAAACCUGCAAUCAUUGUCCCUGGGACAGCCUGGUUGUUGUGUCCUGCAUGACUUGCAUCAAUCUGAUCGUCUACAUCGUGGAUACGGUUUACUCAGUGCGUCUGGUGUUUGUUUCACAUGCCUAGAAAACCAUAAUGGUAGAGUGAUAAAUUGCUUGUGAUGUUCCUCAUUUGCAAGUUGUGAAACAUAAAAUCUAUUGAAUGUAACCAGGCAUCAGCUUGGAUGAGAAGUACAGUUGUUAUAUAGGCAGUUUUAAAAAUGCACCAACUGAUUUUGUUGACUGGAAAACUGACUGGCAGUUUAUUGAUAUUAAUGAAAAAACAUCUGAGAAAUGUUGGCUUUUUGAGAAUUAUUACAAAUAAACAAAACAUAUAAUAAUAUUUUAAACAUUAAUUUUAUGUGUGUGUGUGUGUGUGUGUGUGUGUGCAUUAUGUUUCACAGACUUUUGUCGUUCUCUGUUGCUUCUGCUGUUGUUUGCAAACAAACAGUGAAACUUCUGAAAGUGAAAGAGAGAAAACACAUCAAUUCAUCUCCAUCUUUAUGUAUGCCAUUUAUAGCAUCAUAACUGUAACAUUCAAUAUCAGCGUAAUAUUAAUCUUUGAUCCUAACAAUGACUCAGAUGAACUCUUAUGUAACGUAUGCUAACAACACGGAUACUAUUAAUGUAGUAAAGGUUACAGAAAUAACAGCAACGAUUUGAGAAAUACUGUUUCAUUCACAAAUGCAUUACAAUCUAUGAAUGCCAUUUCAUGUUGACUGAGGUGCACUUUUUUGUAUUAAAUUACCUGUAAUAUAUUUGCUCUAUUUCAAAUUCUGUCAGAUUAUAGUUUUCCAGCUAGUGCAAGUAUACUUUAAUCUCCAAUAACACUUAAGUUUAAACACAGACUAAUAGGGAUAACAAUGUACAGUCAAGUCAGUAUCAUGACCAGCUGAUUGCCAACAAUUAAAUUA